UUCUUACCUCAUGUUCUCCUUCGUCUUCCAAAACAACAACUUCAAUAUCUGGUUUCUCUUGGUUAUAAUCUUUAAUCCCCACCUACUAAAUUUGCCCAAGUUGGAAAAACACCCAUAUUCAUAGACAUGCAAGCCAGUGAGCCUACAGACUUCCACUACUUGGUUCCUACAAACCCUAAUCCUAACACACCACAUUUAGCCAUGAAUCUAAGCAAUUCACCAACCAUCCCGUUUGACGUUAACACAAUGACGAACCCUUUUUACCACCUUCAUAUGAAUCCACGCGUUCAAGAUUUGAAUAUGCAAUCUAUGUAUUUUGGAAGCAACUCAACAUCCGAUGAAGCAGAUGAGCAACAACUAAGUCUCAUCAAUGAGAGGAAGCAGAGAAGGAUGAUAUCUAAUCGAGAGUCAGCACGUAGGUCACGCAUGCGGAAACAGAAGCACCUCGAUGAACUUUGGUCACAGGUUAUGUGGCUUCGUAAUGAAAACCAUCAACUUAUUGACAAACUUAAUAGUUUCACUGAGACUCAUGAAAAAGUUGUUCAAGAGAAUACUCAACUUAAGGAUGAAGUUUCUGGUUUACGUCAAAUGGUUACUGAUAUGCAGCUUAAUGGAACCUAUUCUGCUUUAAGAGAUCUAGAUGAUAUCCACUGUAACGAUGCUUACCUCAGACCAGAAUCUUCAAACCAGUCUGGCUCAAGCUCAUCAGAUUUUCUUUAAAACCAGGCCAUGAUUGAUUUCGUUUCCCUUUUUAAGCUCUAAAUCGAUUACUGCUUAUUAUGUUAACAGUAAGUGAUCGGAGAGGAUGUAGCAUAUAGUACUAUAGCGUCUUUAUUAUUCGAAGGGGUAGCUUAUGAUACAAUAUUUAUUAUUGAAUAGAUAAUAAUAUGUUUUCAAUA